CCAUUGCGAAACACGAACGCGCUGUACAAAAGUUAAGGACAGUAAAAUAAUACAACGCUUUUAAACAUUGACAUUUUUUUUUCAUGUUAUAAUGCAACUGGGACCUUUCUGACAAGUGCAUAUAUAAUGUGCCACCGCAGCUACGGUGGAUCCAGCGGAAGAGACCCCAUCGAUGUUGUGGGGGCUGGACCCGGUCUUUUCUGCCUUCGCCAGGCUGUACGUCAGAGACAUCCUGCAGAUGACAGAGUCCACACAGGUGCCAGGUAUUUACUUCUACAACUCCCAUCCGAUCUAUAAAGUUGAUGUACUUGGGACAGUGGUAUACAAGAGAGAAAGAGACGACUUCUUUUGUUAUGGAGUGGACGACGGUACUGGUGUAAUAAACUGCCUAUGCUGGAAAAAUGACCUGUUGAAAGAGGAGGCGAAUCCUACUAAAUCAGGGGGAAAACACAGCGAUGGGGCUAAGGGAGGCUUCAACCCAGCCACUGAACUGGAGAAGCUGAGACAGGCCCAGCAGAGCCGCUGCCAUCUGGAGAUUGGAGAGCUGCUCCGAGUCAGAGGGCCGGUGAAGACGUCGAGGCAGCAGAGAGAAAUCAUGGCCUCCACUUACUAUAAAGUGAACGACCCGGUGAUGGCGGUCCAGAUAGCGUGGAUGAUGGAGGUUCCUCAGCUCUACAGACAGUGCUAUGACAAACCCCCCCAGCUGCAGCCUACUGCAACAGGUGCCUCAGGCAUCAGUUCCCUCAGCAAGGCGACGAAUACCAUCAAGGAUUUCUUAAAGCAGACGUCGGUGAGCAGGUUCAGACCCUAUGAUGUCCAGGACCUCCUGCAGCCUCUCAUCUCCAGCCAGCCUCAAACAGCAUCAGCAGACCAGGAGCCUGUGGCGGGUCCAUCUGCAUGCCAGCAGCUCCGCCAGCUCCUGAAGGAGGCGCUGGAAAUUUUACAGGACGAGGGCAUUGUGUACCGCAAAGUCAAAUCCCAGGACGAAGUCUAUCACGUGACUGCACAUGACACAGAUCUACGCAUAGUCGUCAAAGACAUUAUCAGGGAGGACUCAAAGAGAGAGAAGUAUGCAGAGAAGGGUUGCCACAUCCUGCACAUCCUGUCUGCAGUCAGGCAGCACUACAGCCUCAACGUGAGCAAAGAGGCACUGGAGCUGGUCCUCAAAUCACUGGAGUGCAACAGUGACAUCGUCAGCACCAGCGACAGCCAUUACACUGUGUUUUAACUUGAGCCCAGUGGAGUCAGGAACCCAGUAUUACUGUAUAUAUACUCCGUGUAGAGUGGCUUAUUGCUCCUAAAGUGAGCGUCCCAUAUGUUUACGUUUAUUGUUUAAGUACAAUCAUGCCAUUUGA